AUGUCGGCAGCAACGCCGGACCAUGGCCCGUGUGACGAGGCCGUGUCCCGGCGUCUAGCGGAAGACCACCAGCAGCAGGUGGCGCAGACGGAGGUCUAUCACAGCGUUGCUGCUGCACAUCAUGCUCCGAAGUCGACUGAUAGUUCCCGGCUUUACUAUGGCCCCUCAUCAAACUCGGCAUUUCUGCAGCAGAUCCAUCGUGGACUUCUUUCAGGGCAGUACGGGCAGAAUCAUGGUCGGGACGUGCAGGAGGGUGGCCCGGGGUUGGACAUGUUCAUGCAACGAAACAUCUUCUUCGGCAUGCCGCUCAAGGUGAAUGUGGAGCCUACGCAGCCCGUCAGCUGCCCCAUCCCGAUAGAUCAAGCAAGGGACGUCAUGCAGCAGUUCAAGAUAACGCAUCUAUCGACACUGCCCUUUUUCACGGAUUCACAGCUGGAAGAGACACUCAGCAGUCUGUACGAGCCGGGCCCCGAGUCAGAUGUUCAGCCCCAGCGAAAGGCGGUGUUGCUCGCAGCUCUUGCCCUUGGAGCACUGGGCACACCGCAGACCGACGUCGCGGAAUCACUCUUCAUCCAUGCCAAGAAAGAGGCCGUCAUCUACGAGGACUCUGUUACAUUGCCUAUGAUUCAGUAUUCCAUGCUGUUGGCUCACUACCAGCUCAACAUGGGGCGGCCUAACUCGGCAUAUCUUCACAUGGGAGUCGCGAGCAGGAAAGCCCUUGCGAUGGGCCUGCACGUAGGAACCACGAGCUCCGUCUCUUGCCCUGAUGAGAUCCAAGCUCGUCUGAUUACUGUCUGGUCGCUUUACUUUCUCGAGAUAUGGCUGAGUCUAGUUGUCGGGCGACGAAGCAUGGUUGGAAAGGCAGACUUUGCCUCUUGUGCAUUCCCUGACGGACAGCCGACGAUGGUGGCUCUGUGCCAAUUCGCAAGCAUUAUCGAAGAGGCUGUGGAGUCGAUUUAUAACCGCAGGACUGACUCGCUCCGGCAACUUUAUGGAAAGGCCGAAAAACUCCACGCUCAGGUCCGUCAAUACGGCGACAAGUGGGGCCUUGGCUCCGUGAUCCCGGCGCAACAGGAGGUGUGGAAUGCCGAAACAUCACUGCUAAUGCACAACGUCUACUUCCAUGUUAUUUUGCUCAUCUUCCGCCCAUUUCUAAUAGCUGAAGCUGCUCUUCAGUCUGGGAAUGGUGCCGGGCAAACAGGCGAUAUUUGGCUUAGACAGGCAUGCAGGCAUGCAACAGAUGCGGCCCAAGACGCAUUGGCGUUCACUAGCAGUAAGCUUCACGGGCCUGAGGAUUGCAACUCGCGCAGGUAUCACGCUUUCUUCAUCGAGUCAUGUUGCGCAGUUCUCCUUUACGACAGCCUCCGCCAUCCGGCCAAACAUCCACACAACCUCGAGUACAUCCAAAUGGCCAUCUCCGGCUUACAUGCUCUCGUCGGAGAUGACCCCGUCACAAACGCCGUGCGGUCCAUCAAGAGAAUCGUGUGGGCGGUCGAGAGCUCCAUCAACGCGUCAAGGACUACCCUAGACGGAGGAUCCACAGAUUCGUCUCCUUCAUGGGCCGGCGACCGGUUCCCAACGAGCAUACAAUUUCCUUCGCUCGAUGAGAAUCGCGCGACGACCUCGGAUGACUUGAUUUAUUUCAGCAAUAGGGGGUAUCGCCAGCAACCCGAGCCGUUGCCUCAAGACUAUGCAAUGUCUUUGCCGGGAACGGCACCGGGCUUGAACCCGUUUCCUGAUCUCAACUUUGAUGUGUUGACCACGGAUCUGUUCAACUUCUUUCCGAUAGAUAUGAACGGUACACCUUCUGGGCACGGGUAA